CCGGCAUAGCGAACUAAAAGCGUUCGUUUCAGUCACAAUGACCCCAACGGUCAACGAGAAAACGCCAAAGCUAUGACUGGCAUGACUGUACAAGUUGACGUCAGUGCACGUAGAGUCCAGAUGCAAUAAAAGUGAAAUCUAAAUCUAAAACUUACCGUGCCCUAAACAAAAUGUUUACUUCGGAUUAGACAAGGUGAAUUAAAAAAUAAAAUAGUUUUUCUUUGUCUUGGAUAAUAGUUUCUAACCAUUUCAUUGCUUCAUACUUUUGGGCUUAUUUCAUAUAACGCCAAUAAUGGCUUCCACAGUGUCAGUGCAGUUCCAUUGCAGAGUACAGAUUCUCUGCUAAAUCAUGAGACUAUUUCAUACAAGGACUUGAACUAGUUUGUUCUUCUUAUUCGACAUGUAUUUGGAAGGAGCAAAUUAAAGCUUUUCUGAUUCAGUACCCACGAAACACGCCGAAAACAAAGUAUGAACCAGGACCGCCCGACUUGCCAGCACCAACAGCAGCAACAAAAUGCGACGCCACAGCUGCCACCACCGGCGUUCAUGUCCGACUCGGAUCCAUGGAAGUCGUGCGACGAGGACCAAGAAGAGAGCAGCUCCAAGAACGCGCACAGAAGAGCCAAGAGAAACAUUCCGGAGACGGAGAAGGACGACAAGUAUUGGGAGAAGAGAAAGAGAAAUAAUUUGGCCGCCAAGAGAUCUCGCGAGAACAAGAGGCUUCUGGAGAGUGACAUCAGACAGAAGGUUGCCCUUUUGGAGGAACAAAAUGCUUUAUUGCGCAAGGAAAUCGUCAUCAUAAAGGCACGCUAUGGAAUUCCAACUGAACAAAGUCUGCUUACCCCUGGUGAACAAGCGCAAUGCAUUCUAGAGGUCAAGGCUGCUCGCGAAGCUAAUGAGUUGCGCAAGAAGAGAGAAAGCGCAGGAAAUAUUGACGACGUAUCUUCAACAUCUCCCUCAGUGUUCUCUGUGGGGCUGCACUCGUCCCUCGAUGAUUCUGAUGCUGAGAAAGUCUGCAGUGAGUCUUCCGACAACAGCCCAAAAGUAAGUGAGACCACCUACAACUUGCAAACUUCCUACGGUCCUGCUGCUUACGGACCUUUCAAUCCAUCGCCCAGCUGGGCUCCAGCCGCCAGCUCAAGCCAGCAGGGCUUAGCAAGUAACAGCUCUGGUCAUCCUUUCUCCCCUUCUCCUGGUCACCAGCCUAAGCAGUCGUCCACUCCGUCUUCCUACCAGGCCAAGCACAGCUCACCGUACACUCGCUACGGCCCUGGGUCAAUGAGUGGGUACCCGAGGCCUUACGACUUCUACAGCAUGCAGUACGGAAACCAAAGCACGCCAAGGAUUUAUGAAGAGGGCUACCCCGGAGCCCCAGCAGACCUCAGAAUGAACAUCAAGAGACAAGAGGAGCAGAGAGCAUGUAGGGGUCAGACCUCUCUGAAAUCGCCCAUCCCCCAGUCAGAUUUUCUAGAUGACAUCGCGGCGAUGGGGUAUGCACAUGGCGGGCGACCACAUAUUGGGCAGGAACAGCUGAGGCGUCAAAGCGCUGACCAUACUUCUGUCAUGAGCAGUGGAUUUAGUAGGCUUUCGUGUGACUUGAAAAAUGUGAACGCUGAUGGAGUAAAACCCAUCAUGCAACAGGAUACCAAAUUAGAACUUGACCUGAAUUGAACACAUUUCUAGUUAAUUAAGAAUACAAAAAAAUUUUCUUAACUGUCCCAUAUGCAAUACUCAGUCAUUUUAAACAAGAUGUGAAAAGAAUUGGGCAUUUGAUUAAAAAGACAUUUUGUUGAUUUUUUUAAAAGUUUGUUACUAAAUAACUCAUACAACUUUAAUAAAGUCAUUUUUAAAGUAAUCAUCAGGCGAUCAUUAGAGCACUUAGUAUAUACUGUAAUCCUUAGGUACACUAUGUACAAUAUUUAAAUGUGAUGUUGCGUUUUUUUUUAUAGAAAUUUUUAAAAUAUUUUUUUAAAGUAUCUUUAGUCGGAAUAGGAUUUUUUAAAAAAUUAAUUACUGUUUGAUAUGGGCUGUCCGUAUAUGCAUAAGCAAUAAGCAACAUUAAUGAUACUGAUAUCAGUGGUGAAUAUAGACAAUGGUAUGUGUAAGGUCGGUAAGAAAGUAGGUCAUCUAUGCCAUACAGACGACUGGACUGUUAAAGAUAUUCGUUACUAACUUGGAUGUGUAUUGAAGCACUCCAACAUUGAAAUCUAUAUGAUUGAAAUACUUAUGUAAUAUAUUUCUUUUACAAAACUAUUUUAAGGUGUAGCCUAGUGGAAAUUCCGUGAAGUGAUUUUGUUUUGUUUUGUUUUCAAAUCUAUUAUUGGAUGGUUAUUUUUGACUGGCUCUAUGGAAAUGCCUAUUCUUGUUGCUGUUAUAAAAUAUUAGUACCGGUACUGUACCGGCAUUUAUUUUACUAUGAGCGAUGAUAUUUAAUUGAGGUUCAUUUGUUUCCAUGCAAACUAUUGAGAACUAAUGGCGCUUAUGAAUCACACUUUAAUAAAAAUGAUUUUUUUUCUCAAUAUAUCUCUUACAUAAGAACUAAUUUUGUUACAUUCUCCCCCCCCCCCUUUUUUUUUGUGGUAAAGGUGAAACGUAAUUAAAAAAAAGCGUAUUGAGGUACCGGUUAGUUGAAUACAUAUCAAUAGUAUUAGAUAGAAGUAGAGUAGGAACAAACGUGAGAGUUUCUAUUUAAACUACACACUUUUAAAGUAGACAUUUGUACGCCCUAUUGACAGCUAUUUAGUU